AACCUUCAUAAGGGUCAAUUGAACAUCCAGUCCUCUCCAGACUCAAACAGAAUAGAUACAGCAUGUCUCUCAGCCUCUUUACACAAUCAGGGAACUCCCUGCUACAACGGGGCCUCAAUUUGCUCGCUCCGGUCUCCUGUCGAUGGGCUUCCACAACCCCCAGCAACACUCAGCCGAAUAACAUUCAGCGAACAGCUUUUCCUACACCAACGCGAAGCACACCGCCGUCAUCGAGAUCGAAAGCACUAGCACUCGGCAGACGUCAGCGAAUCACGCAGCGAACUAGGAUCAUGGAGGAGACGAGAAACCAGAAUGAAGGUCGCACCCUGGAGAAAUUCCAAACCAGAGAAUGGACGCAAGGCGAUCUUUAUUCUCCGCACGAUUUGAGCCCCAGUGAGAUGAAGAAGUGGUCGAAGCGCUGGAGUCCGUCGAGCGAUGCUUUUGAUGCAUUGAACAUCAACCCUCUCGAGCAUUAUAAGAACUUCUCCAUUAUGUCCGAAUAUAUGACUCCAAUGGGUCGGAUAAAGCAUCGCUCAGCUACAGGUCUACGACCCGUCAAUCAACGAAAGAUUGCAAAGGCAAUCCGUCGAGCCAUUGGAGUCGGCCUGAUGCCCAGUGUCCACCAACAUCCUGAGAUUAUUGCGAUAGAGACGAGAAGCAGGGGUCCCAAAGGAGGAUACAAUUUCUAGAUGGGUGGUCUAUAUGUACUUUGAAACAGCGGCGCGCGGGAUACGUUUGAAAUAUGUACUAUAUGGGAAGUUCAUCCUGGUUUUAGCUUGUAUACAGGGAAUCUAAAUUCAGAUGCAUAAGGCACUCUC